CCCAAAGGAAAGGUACCAAGGAGCUCCUGCAUCCUAAUGAAAUUACGACAUUGGAGAUCGGGAGCUCCUGGCUAUAAAGACUGCUCUAGGGAAAUGCUUUUCAGACAAGUCCAAUCUUUCUGCACAUCAGAGAUUGCACACAGGGGAGAAGAAGCCAUUUUCCUGUCCUGAGUGCGGGAAAUGUUUUUCACAUAAGUCACAUUUUUAUACACAUCAGAGAUCUCACACAGGGGAGAAGCCAUUUUCCUGUCCUAUGUGUGGGAAAUGUUUUUCACACAAGUCACAUUUUUAUACACAUCAGAGAUCUCACACAGGGGAGAAACCUUUUUCCUGUCUUGAGUGCGGGAAAUGUUUUACACAGAAGUCUAUGCUUUACACACAUCAAAGAUCUCACACGGGGGAGAAGCCUUAUUUCUGUCUUGAGUGCGGGAAAUGUUUUUCACAAAAGUUCAAUCUUUACACACAUCAGAGAUGUCACACGGGGGAGAUGCCAUAUUCCUGUCCUGAGUGCGGGAAAUGUUUUUCAUGGAAGUCCAGUCUUUACAAACAUCAGAGAUCUCACACAGGAGAGAAGCCACUUUCCUGUCCUGAGUGAGGGAAAUGUUCCUCACUGAAGUCCUGUCUUCCUGUACAUCAGGGGUCCCGCAAAACUCUCGAGGUAUAUUAGUGUCUUGAGUG